AAAGGGUGUAAAGAUAGCGCAGACGUAUAACGUAACAUAGUUUUGACUUAGAAAAAGUCGUAUUAAAAGCUUUCGUAAGGAGUGAGUCCCCUCUUGCCUUUAGUUGACCGACUUCACUCUUUCUUUUCAUCGUCUCACAAUAACCUUAAAACAUUCACUCAUUUUACACCAUCCCUAUAUAAACCCACACACACACACCCCCACUUCCUCAUUCAUAUCCACUUAACUCAAUUUUCUAUUUCAUCACUUGCUUAAUUAGCUUGCUAACUAAGCUCAAAUCAUCGUUUUUAUUUAGCUUAAUGGCGUUAGAGGCUUUGAAUUCUCCAACAGCACCCACCGCUUCGUUCCACCACUACCAAGAGGAAGAGGAGGAGGAGGAGGACGUUGACCAUCACUUCCGUGAGCCUUGGGCUAAGAGAAAACGCUCCAAACGUCCGCGUUUCGAAAACCCACCCACUGAGGAAGAGUAUCUCGCUCUAUGCCUCAUCAUGCUCGCACAAAGCGGCAACAACGACCACACCAAUAAUAACAAUAACGUCUCUCGCCGCCAAACUGAAUCAUCAUCUUCGCAGUCACAGUCACGACAAGAAGCGUCACCGCCGGUGAAGUUAACUCACCGGUGCACCGUCUGCAACAAAGCUUUUCCUUCUUAUCAAGCACUCGGUGGUCACAAGGCAAGCCACCGCAAGUCCUCAUCGGAAGCCACCACCGCCUCCGCCGUUGCUUCAGUCAACGACAAUGUUCCCGCCUCCGCCGGAAGGAUGCACGAGUGUUCCAUCUGUCACAAGACUUUCCCUACGGGGCAAGCCUUGGGUGGCCACAAGCGCUGCCACUACGACGGCGGUAACAACCACAGUAACGGCACCGUUAACGCGAAUAACAGCAGCGGUGUCACUUCCUCUGACGGCGGUGGCGGUGCUGCCUCUUCUCACACCCUCCGUGGGUUUGACCUGAACCUGCCGGCACCGUUGACGGAGUUCUGGGCUCCGUUGGGGUUCGAUUCGAAGAAGAAGAAGGAUGAGAUCAUAGGUGGAGGCGGUGAGCAAGAGGUGGAAAGCCCGUUGCCAGUAGCCGCCAAGAGGCCACGUUUGUUUUUGGGCGGUGAUGAUGGUGAAACGGCGUAGCUUUGUUCACAGAACGUUUAUUAUUUAUUUUAAUUUCAUUGAAUUUGUUGCUAUCGUGGUGCAGUGAAUAUGAAUUGCACGCACUUAUUUUAGUUUCCAUUUAUUUUUAUUUUUAUUUUUUUGGGGUUAGUGGGAGUUGGGAUUAGGUUUUGUUUCUGUUGAAUUUACUGGUCAUCUGUACAGACAAAAUUUGUUCAUUGCUUUUGGACUCUUCUUUGUCAUCCAUUCAAUCUAACAUUUCAGUAUUUAUGCCAAAGACAUACAUAUGUCAGUUCAUAUACUUUUACUUCUUCCCUUCUUCAGUGGUUAUGUGAGUGAAUUUAAU